AUGGGUACACAGAAACGCACACAUAUCGGCCAUUCUCAUGGUCAUCACCAUCACCAUGAGAACACCUACCUCAUUUCUACCAAUAAAAAGGAUGCGGGCGUCCGAAUAACGCGAGUCGGGUUGUUUGUCAAUCUGGGCAUGGCUGUGGGAAAAGGUGUUGGAGGUUAUUAUUUCCACUCGCAAGCGCUUGUAGCCGAUGCGAUUCACUCCUUAACAGACUUGGUUUCUGAUGUCAUGACUUUGGCUACUGUCUCCUGGUCGCUGAAGCCUCCGUCUUCCCAAUUUCCCAGUGGCUAUGGCAAGGUGGAAAGUCUGGGCUCGCUCGGCGUAAGUGGGCUCCUGUUCGUGGGCGGAAUCUGGAUGGGAAUCAAUGCAUUAGGCGCUCUGGGAGCGCAGCUUUUCCCGGACUUUAUGGAGACUUUAGCUCAACUAGGCAUCUUUGGUCACUCUCACGGCCAUGGCCAUGGUCACAGCCAUAGCCACACAGACCUUGGACCAAACAUCAACGCAGCUUGGCUUGCGGGCGGUUCAAUCGUGAUCAAGGAGUGGCUUUACAGAGCAACCAUCAAAAUUGCUAGGGAGCGAAAGUCUUCAGUAUUAGCUUCGAACGCCGUCCAUCACCGCAUCGACUCAUUGACUGCACUGGUAGCCUUGGUCAUGAUUGGAGGCUCGCAUUUUCUCGAACACGCAGCAUGGCUAGAUCCGGUCGGGGGCGCGAUAAUCUCACUCAUGGUCAUUCGUGCGGGAUUCAGCAACAGCAAAGCUGCUCUGAUGGAGCUUGCCGACGCAGGAGUCGAUGACGAGAUGAGAGACUCUGUGAAACGAGCAGCCUUGAAGGCACUCAAGUCUGACUACUUGGCCAACUUUGGUAGCUUGUCUGAUGGACAGCAAGUUGAAGUAAGAGAUGUGCAGGGCAUCAAGUCAGGACAGAAUUACUUGAUGGAUGUUGAGCUGUCUGUUCCAAGCGAUUGGACACUCGAGCGCACACACCCCAUUGAAGAGGCCGUCCGUUUGCAAAUUGGCAGCAAAGUGCGCGGCGUGCGACGCGUCAGAGUACGAUUUGUUGCACAUGAACGUCAACAAUCCGACUUUGUCGACGAAUUUAUUCGACCGGAGCUCAGCACAAGAGGAAGCCCCGAACCGGAGGAAGACCGUGAAAAUCACAAUCACGAUGACCAUCAUGAACGUGAUCAUGGGCAAACACAUACGCAUCAACUGCCGGACAGUAAUGCGCAUAAACGACGAUAA